CUGUUCUUUCUCUUUCAUCCGCCCAACAUGUAGUUUAAAACACCGAACAGUGGAGAAUCGCUAUUUGAAACACCACCAUCACACCACUCACGACUACUGAUGCAUUCGUCGCACUUCUGAAAAACCUAGAACCAACAACGCUUAAUGCCACCAUCACCAACUAACCACCAUCUCGGAACCCACAUUGCCUUCAACCACCAUCACUGAAAAACCCCACCACCUUCGUUGCUCUCUGUCUGUGCACACUCCACCAAAAAGUUGGCGAUGUCACCACCACCAUACAACUACACCAAUGAUGACGUUGAAUCUCAUAACCAGCCACCAUUCCUUCUUUCUCUGUUUCUGUCACGAUCUUCGUUUUUGUAUUAAUGAAGAUAAGAUUGAUAUGCAGGUACAAAGGAUGUUGCUGCAGAUGGACUUAGUAAGCAAGUUCUGUUCAAGACUAGACUGGGUGAAAAUUUCUCUUCAAUCUCAGUUUCUCCCAAAUCCUACUAUGUUGAAUAUUUUUCUUAAAGAAGAUGAAGAUUUUAAGGCCAUGGGUAUGAAAGAAACUUCUGCUACAUUUUGAGGUAUGGUUUAAAAGAAGUGGACUGAUGAGGUUAGUGUAUAUGCGGGUUGUUUGACAGGAUAUGCGUGUUUUGUUCCUGGAUUUAGUUGGGAUCUUUUCGCUUUUGGUUAAGUUCUCUUGUGAAUAAUUACAUGGUUGAUAAAGUGGUUGGGCAAAAUGGAAGGAAAUAUCAUAUUUUGUAAAUUGCACUUGAUUCGAUAUGUUUAUUUCUUUAGUAAAAGUCAAUAAUUCAUAUCAAAAGGUAAAAUGACUAUGUGUGUAUGCGGGUUAAAAAGUCUACAUAUAGAAAAGUUUGUACUUAUAGAAAGGCGUUGUUGGAAAUGAGAAUGUGGC